AAUUGCAUAAGGCAAAUUAUCAGGUCAUUGUUGCUGUCCAGAACACAGAAAAAUUCUGCUUUCUGGAUCCUGAUAAUGAUAUUUUUUAUUGUAUAGAGUUAGACGCAUGGUGCACCAACUUGAAUCUGACAGCUUUGAAAUAUCCAAGGCGUUUUAACAACAGUGUCCAGAAUUAUACCACCCUCUUACUGGAAGAAGAGAAGGGAAUUCUGUAUGUGGGAGCCAGGGGGGCAAUCUUCUCCUUAAGUUCCAGGGACAUCUCUGAUGGCUCCUAUCAGAAAUUAAAUUGGGAAGCAUCUCCUGAGAAGCAAGCAGAAUGCUUGAAAAAAGGCAAAAACAACAAGACAGAGUGUUACAAUCACGUCAAGCUUUUGCAGAGGUUAAAUUCAACCCAUCUGUAUGCCUGUGGCACAUAUGCCUUCCACCCACUCUGUGCUUACAUCGAUACCAACAAAUUCGUGUUACCGUCUCAUUUUGAGGAAGGGAAAGAAAAAUGCCCUUAUGAUCCUGCUCAUGGCUAUACAGGCCUCAUUGUGGAUGGCAGUUUAUAUACAGCAACACGCUAUGAAUUCCGCAGCCUACCAGACAUCCGACGCAACCGGCACCAGCGGGUUCUGAGGACUGAGGAAUCCCCCUUGCAUUGGCUGAAUGAUGCAGAGUUUGUGGCUUCUGUGUUGGUCAGGGAGAGCAUAAGGAGCUCUUUGGGAGAUGAUGACAAAAUCUACUAUUUCUUCACUGAACGUGCCGGAGAGGAGAGCACAUCCAUAUUUGAGAAGACCCAGGUGCCCAGAGUAGCUCGAAUAGCUCGAGUGUGUAAGAAUGAUCUGGGUGGCAAGAAGAUUCUCCAGAGAAAAUGGACAUCCUUUAUGAAAGCAAGGCUGGUCUGCUAUAUACCUUACUAUGAAGUACUGAAAGAUGUUGCCAGUCUGGAUGGUGGUAACUGGACAAGCACUGUCUUCUAUGCAACAUUCAUCUUAUCAGCCCAAUGGAGGAGCAUACAGGUUUCUGCUGUUUGCCGAUACAACAUCUCAGAAGUACGGGAAGCUUUUGAAGGGAAAUUCAUGGAAUACCAAGACUCCUCCCGCAAGUGGUCCCAAUACACUGGGGAUGUACCAGAGCCACGGCCAGGAUCAUGCAUUACCAAUCGUGCUCGCAAAAAAGGCUACAACUCCUCCCAGGAUCUACCCAAUGGUGUGCUGGAUUUUAUCAAGCUUCAUCCACUGAUGUAUGACGAGGUGAAACCUACAGAUAGAGUGCCUCUGCUAAUAAAGAAAAAUGUGGUCUACACCCAAGUUGCAGUAGACCGAGUCCAAGCCCUGGAUGGGCACAUGUAUGAUGUCCUCUUUUUGGGAACAGGUAACGGAUGGAUUCACAAGGCUGUCGUCAUUGGCUCCACGGUCCAUAUCACAGAGGAGAUGCAGGCCUUCAAGAACCCCCAGCCUGUAGAGAGCAUCGUUAUUUCCAAGCAACAGAGGAACGUAUACGUUGGGGCCCAGAGUGGCGUCUUGCAGUUACCACUGUCCACUUGUUCGCAAUAUAUCACCUGCUUCAGUUGCAUCCUGGCUCGAGAUCCAUAUUGUGCCUGGGAUGGCAAGAGGUGCCAAGAAGUAGCUGAUGUUCUGAACAGGUCUCUGCUGAUUCAGGAUGUGCUGCAUGGCAACAUGGGCUGCUGGAAUGAUUCUGUGCAGGCUAUGCUUGUGCAGAAGAACCGGACAGUGCAGCGUGGUGGUGAUGUGCUCUUACCUUGCGAACAGACAUCCAACUUGGCACGGGCGACUUGGAGGGUGAAUGGCACCAAAGUGCUUGCCGAGGAUGGGCAAGGACACUUCCGCUUAGGCGUAGAUGGAUUGUUGGUGACAGACACACAGCUUGAAUAUAGUGGGGAAUACCAGUGCUACGCUGAGGAGAAUGGUCUGCAGGCCUUGGUAGCUACCUACGCUCUAACUGUGCUGCCCAAAGAACUGGGGCCACAGCAUCCCAGCACUCCAGCUCUCCCGUCUUGGCAUUUGGCCAGAGAUGAUGCUGGGAACAUGAACUUUAUCUACAUUAUGAUCAUCACAGUGCUGAGUGGAUUAUGCUUCGUGCUCAUUGUUGUGCUUUCCUAUAUCUGCUCCUUGCAGAGUCGUAGAGGCAAAUAUCAACUGGGGGGUCCCCAACCAUCAAGUGUAGAACUGCAGACUGUUUCUUCAAAUUGCCUGAGCAAAGGAAGGCAGGAUGAAGAGGAGCUGAGCACCUAUCCAGAUGGCUGCCUUCAGAUCAUCCCCGGAGAAGCCCCUACCUUGUCACUGUCACCCAAAGUGACACCUCUGGCUCUCCCUCCUCCCCCUCCCCCUCUCCCUGCUGAGUUCACCAAUGGCAUUUCAACAUUACCCAACAUGCUGCGCAAAAUGAAUGGCAACAGCUACAUGCUCCUGCGACAGAACGAGGAGCCAUGUACUUCACCGCUGUACAACUCUUUCACUGAGGAGCUGAGCAAAAUUCUGGAGAAGCGGAAACACACCCAGCUGGUAGAAAAACUGGAUGAGAGCUCUGUGUAAAGGGGGGGAAGAGAGUCCAUGUGCUGAACUAUUCUCUCUUGCCACUGCACAAUUCCGCUCCCUCAGGCCAAAAGAACCAGUGUUAGGACUCAGCAACUACCUCCGGAGCGGCCCUCCGGAGUCGCCAUAGACUCCGCACUCAUUUCUUUUAUCUUGUUAUUGUCUUUUUUGUUGUUGCUGCUGUUGAUUGUUUUGUUUUUCAAUUGCUGUAAACAAAGAAAUCUGUUUAAAUGGGAAUUAUAUUUAUAUAAAAGGCUGGUCAAUAAACAGGUGCCACA